GUGACUUUCGUAUGUUCUUGUCUACAUUCUACAUCGAACAGGUUUAUUCACUGAAGUUCGGGCGCGCGGUUCAGUUUUCUCCCGAGCGAUGAGUCCGCUACGCGCGGUUUGAGUCAUCGUAGGAUGCUGAGAAGAUGCCGCUCGCUUACUGGGAAUAGUGGAGCAUCGACAGAUUCCCCUGGUACAUACCGCUUCAUUCGACUUCUUUCGCUGAAUGCAUCAAGCAAGAGAACUCACUAUGACUGCCUCGAGCUGCCACUGUCCGCAACAUCGAAGGAAAUCAAGUCGGCGUUCUAUAGGUUGUCGAUGAAACACCAUCCGGAUAAGAAUUUAGACAAGGAGGAUUCGGCUGAGAAAUUUCGGAGAGUGUCAGAGGCUUAUCGAGUUCUUUCGAAUGAGGAGACGAAGCGUCUUUACGAUGCCGAGUUGAGGAAUACUUCGGCAUCACCUGCUUCAUUCGGAGGGUCGCCGGUCCGCAAACCUUCGAUGCGCGGCGCGCAUGUUAGUGCUAGACCCCCACCCCCGAUGGGUCGUAGCAAAAUAUACAAUUUCGACGAAUUCUAUCGACAGCACUACGGUCAAGAUGCCAGAGAAAUGAACGAACAGAGGCAGAGCCGAGCUAGGGAGGAAGAAGAACUCGGAGAAGAAACAGGGAGAAGAGGCUUGAUCCUCACAGUCCUCACCUUCAUGAUCUUAUUGGCCGCGAAGGACCUAGAUUGAUGGAAACUGAUGGCGAAUGCCCCCCAAAAGAGCCGUGCACAACCUGUGGUAGGGUGCUUCGACUCCCCAAGUGUUACUUGUUGGAUAUGUCGUGGGAAUCAUAGAUAAACUAAAAAUGUUCA